GGCUCAAGUCUAGAGUUUUGUUGGGAUUGGUAGUGUGGUUCCCUAGGGAGAGCUUCAAACCCUAACGGAGGUGCCCGCUUGCGGAGACGUUUGGCUGCUCAAUUUCGGGCUGCCGAAGUUUUGCUAAUCUUUGUUGGUGUGGUCCAUGGGGCUCACGUUCUAUGCUGCGCUGCCGUCCGCGGCUGUGCUAGCGGCUUACGUUGCGUUGCGUCAAUCCGGAGCUCCUACGUUUGUGACGCUUCCCGUGUUGCAUAGUUCCCUCGUUGGUUUCUCGGCAGCCAUUGCUGCGCACCCGCGGUUGAAUUAUACUCCAUUGUUUGGGAAGAGAAGUAGCGGGUCGUUUCCGUGGUGGUCUUAUUUGGCUUUUUUUCCUUAUUUUUUGGCGUUGAAGUCGUAUGUCCAUCUGCGGCGGUUGAAGAGUGGUGAGCCGGUGUUCACCGAGGUGGAGCCAGGGUUGUUCGUUGGCGGGUGGCCGGCGUUGCAGCGGGACGUGCCGCCGGGGUUGAAGGGUGUGAUUGAUUGCACUUGCGAGCUGCCGCGGAAUGCGUGCUUAGAUGAGCUUCCGUAUCUGUGUGUGCCGACGUGGGAUACGCGUGGACCGCGACCAACGGAAAUUGAAAAUGCUGUACGCUGGGCGCUGGAGCAGCGUGCCGAGAAGCAUCCUGUUCUUGUCCAUUGCGCUUUUGGUCACGGGCGCAGUGUAGCUAUUAUGUGUGCCAUACUGGUCACCCUAGGAGUGUGUGACACAUGGAAAGACGCUGAAGUAUAUAUUAAGCUUAGUCGACCUGGUGCUCGAUUGAACAAAGGCCAGAAAAAGAGCCUAAACGAAUGGGCUGCCAUAUACGCAAUGAAGCGGGAAAUGCAGAACCCCGUGGGAGAGGAGAUAGAUCAAUCAAGCGAGGAAUGAAUUGUUUAUUCCCGUAGGAAACAACUAGAAUAUGGGGUUUGUGACAAGGGUGAUGCUUAAUGUGGUCUUGGGAAAUGCACAGAUGGACCUCUUAGGGAACGAUUUCUCGAUCAACACUUCACUUGAUGAAGUUGUACCCUUCAACAUGUAUCAAAUCUCGAGUGACUGAACCGUACUUAACUUCACCCAGAUUCAUAUCAUCGGAACAUGACGAAAGAUAUGUGACGAUCAUUCAAGAAAUUCUCAUGCAGCGUAUGGGUGAACUACGUUGCAAUGCAGGUUGCUCUCGAAGAUAUUCUAAUUCUAUUUGCAGAGGCUGUAUGUACUCUGGUGUUAACCGCUGCAGCUCGUGGCAUGAGAUGGUAUACGAGAUUGUGAAGCUGUUGGUGGCGUCCCCACUUCUUGGCAGGUGAUGGAGAAGGGUUGUCCAUUGAGGAAAAGAGUAGUUGCAUUAAAGCACCCCGAGGCAUGCAUCGUGCUUGUAUAGUUGAACUAAUUCCUUGCAUUCGUUAGCACUACAUUUGUGAUCUUCGAAGAAUUCAUUCUCCAGACAUGGAUGGAUUGUUUUGCAGCGUUUGCUUUGUGACAGUUGUAGGUUUCAUUUAGUGGGUGAAUUUCAUGAUUGUGUACGUAUUGGAGAAAUGCAAAAUUUCCGGUUACAUGUGGUUAAACUAAGCGAAGUUGAUAUAUGA